AUGCCAUUCUACCUGAUAUUUCUGCUACUACCUGAGACGGUGUCCAAUGUCCCAGUUGGUACAUGUAAGAUCUAUUGCCCUUUGCCAAUACGCCACCAGUAUUAUCAGCCAGGGGACCACAUUAUUGCUGGCAUUAUCUCACAAGCCUACAUAUUUUCUGACCCCAUGACUUUCAAUCAACAUCCAUCUCACAACCUCCUGGAUGAGAUUGGGUUUGUGACUCAGAUUUAUCAGCAUAUCUUGGCCUUUGUAUUUGCCAUAACGGAGAUCAAUGCAAAUCCUCAGAUAUUACCCAAUAUCUCCCUGGGCUUCCACAUCUAUAACAGCCAAUUUGGUGCCAGUUGGACUUACCUCGCCUCACUGGAGCUUCUCUCCACAUGGAGCAACUUCUUCCCUAACUACAAGUGUGACAGUAAAGAUGACACUAUUGCAGUCAUUGGAGGACCUAACUCUGAUGUGAACUUCUUUAUGGCAACCCUUCUGAGCUUCUACAAGGUACCACAGCUUGGAUAUGGUUCUUCACCUUUGAUUAAUGACCCAUCCCAACAAGCCUUCUUGCAAUGGAUGUUCCCUAGUAGGAACCAACAGUAUGUUGGGAUACUUCAGCUGCUUUUGCUUUUCAAGUGGACCUGGAUUGGUGUCAUUUUUAUGGAAGAUGACAAUAGCCUCUGGUUUGUACAGAACGAACUUCCCAAGUUUUCCAAGGGCGGCAUCUGCUUUGAUUUCAUAGAACAAUUUCCACCAUUAUAUCUGAAAACUGGCAUACAUGAAAUGAUAGAAUCCUGGGUGCUUGUAUACCGACUGGCAAUUAAUAGCAUGGCCAGUGUUGUGUUCAUACACGGUGAAUUUCACAUUGUAAUCUUUAUGAGGAUGUUUCCCAGAAUUUCAGAAAUUGAAGACAUACCAAUGAAGAGAGGGAAAGUCUGGAUGAUGACUGCACAGAUGGAGUUUGCUUCAGUUUCCUUUCAACGCUUUUGGGAUCUGGAUAUCCUUCAUGGUUCCUUAGCCUUUGCAACGCAAUCAAAGGAGCUGGUGGGUUUCCAAAAUUUUCUUCGGAUGAGAAACCCUAACAUGGAGACCGGAGAUGGUUUUAUUAAAGACUUUUGGAAACAGGCUUUUGAUUGUUCCUUCCCCACUUCUUCAGAAGAGGAGAAUGCUUGGAAUCGCUGCAGUGGGGAGGAGAAACUAGAAGCUCUUCCUAGGUCUGUCUUUGACAUGAGCAUAACUCCCCAUAGCUACAGUGUCUACAAUGCAGUUUAUGCUGUGGCCCAUGCAAUGCAGUCCAUUACUUCUUUAAAGUUCAGACAAAGAACUACGUCAGAGAAAGGACGAAAGAAUCCAGUGCUGUGGCAGUAUUAUCAGCCAGGGCACCUGAGCAUUUCUGGCAUAAUUUCUCAAGUCUUCACAUUUUCCAACCCUGUGACCUACAACCAGCAUCCAUCUCACAACCUCCUGGGUGAGAUUGGAUUUGUGACUCAGAUCUAUCAACAUACCCUGGCCUUCGUAUUUGCUGUGAUGGAGAUCAAUGAAAAUCCUCAUAUAUUACCCAAUACUUCCCUGGGCUUCCACAUCUAUAACAGCCAUUUUCUUCCAAGUGGUACUUUACUUGCUUCCCUGGAGCUUCUCUCCACGUGGAACAACUUUAUCCCAAACUACAAGUGUGAUACUAAAGAUAAUGCUAUGGCAGUCAUUGGAGGACCCGAUUCAGAUGUGGGGUUUUUUAUGGCAACCAUUCUGAGCAUCUACAAGGUACCUCAGUUCACUUAUGGUUCUGCUCCAGUAAUAAAUGACCCAUCCCAAAGUGUGUUUUCCUUACGGAUGUUCCCUAGUAGGGAGCAUCAAUAUUUGGGAAUCCAACAACUGCUGCUUCUUUUCAGGUGGAUCUGGGUUGGAGUUAUUUUUAUAGAUGAUGAGAAUGGAUUGAGAUUUGUACACACUAUACUGCCCAAGUUUUCCAAGAAUGGCAUCUGCUUUGAUUUUAUAGAAACUUUGCCUACCUUAUAUUUUGCCUCUGGUGUUGAUGAAAUGGUGAAUAAAUGGAUCAGAAUAUACAAGAUAAUUAGUGAUAGCACAGCCAACGUAGUGCUCAUACAUGGAGAAAUUCACACUAUGAUCUUUUUGAGGAUGUUCCCCCGCGUUUCAGAAUUUGAAAACCUACCCAUCAAAACCAAGAGCAAAGUCUGGAUUAUGACAGCCCAGAUGGAAUUCACAUCAGUUCCCUUUCUCAAAGACUUUGAGGUUGAUAUUAUCCAUGGUGCUCUCUUGGUCGCCCUUCAUUCAACGGAUGUGAUGGGAUUUCAAACAUUCCUUAAAAGAAGAAACCCAAAUGAGGAAAAUGGAGAUGGGUUCAUCAAGGACUUUUGGCAACAGGCCUUCAACUGUCACUUCUCUUCUUCAAGAGAGGACAAGAUGGAGGAAAAUGUCUGCACUGGGGAAGAGAAGGUGGAGACACUGCCUGGUUCUGUUUUCGAAACCACAAUGACUAGUCAUAGCUACAGCCUCUACACUGCAGUUUACACUAUGGCUCAUGCUUUGCAAUCCAUGGAUUCAUCCCAGUUCGAUUCCAGAAUGACAGCACAAAUAAAAAGAAGGAAUUCCAUCACUAAAGAGCCAUGGCAGGAAUCACCCUCUUCCUUGUGCAAUGACCUUUGCCAUUUGGGUCACCAGCGGAUGAAAAAGGAAGGCAAUCCGUUCUGUUGUUAUGAUUGCCUUCCCUGUCCAGCUGGGGAGAUCUCAAGCCAGAUGGACAUGGAUUCCUGUACUCCAUGUCCAGAAGAUCAUUAUCCAAACAAUUACCAGGAUCGCUGCAUCCCCAAAGAUGUCAGUUUUCUGAGCUACGGAGAACCUUUGGGGAUCAGCCUGACAACUCUUGCUGCCUUCUUUUCUUGCACAACGGCUCUAGUGCUUUGGAUGUUCCUUAAGUACAAGGAAACCCCCAUCGUCAAAGCCAACAAUAGGAAUCUCACCUAUGCCCUGAUCAUUUCCCUCCUGCUCUCUUUUUUUUGCCCUUUGCUUUUUAUUGGUCAGCCAGAGCAGGUGAAGUGCCUGCUUCGCCAAAUAACUUUUGGCAUUAUCUUUUCAGUGGCGGUUUCUUGCAUUUUGGCCAAAACACUAAUUGUAGUUCUGGCCUUUAUGGCCACUAGACCAGGCUCUAGGAUCAGGAAGUGGGUGGGGAAACCACUGGCCCAGUCUGUUGUCUUCUCCUGUUCCCUUACUCAAGUCACCAUUUGUGCGGUUUGGCUGGCAACCUUUCCUCCAUUCCCUGAUGUUGACAUGCACUCUCUGGCUGAAGAAAUUGUCCUUGAAUGCAAUGAGGGUUCAGCUACCAUGUUCUACUGUGUCCUGGGUUUUAUGGGCUUCCUGGCCAUGAUCAGCUUCACUAUGGCUUUCCUAGGAAGAAAGUUACCAGACAAUUUCAAUGAAGCCAAGUUCAUCACCUUCAGCAUGAUGGUCUUCUGCAGUGUGUGGCUCUCUUUCAUUCCAACUUAUCUCAGCACCAAAGGGAAAUAUGUGGUAGCUGUGGAGGUCUUCUCCAUUUUGGCUUCUAGUGCUGGUUUACUAGGCUGCAUUUUCCCUCCCAAAUGCUACAUCAUUCUGUUCAGGCCUGAGCUGAAUGACAGGCAGUACCUGAUGAGAAAGAAAUAA